AAAAUUAUUGUCGUGUCAUAAAUAUUAUGGUUAUUAUUUUUAGGAUUUCCUGGUGUGAUCUACUUGGUUCUUCACAUCUUUGCCCUUCCCAAUAGGGACAUUUACCGAUUAAUAAGGCUACUCCAACGAAGGCGAUCCUUGCUGUGUCUGCGCGGAACAAAGCAAAUUAACUACAAUACUAUUUCUUUCAACAACACCGCAAAGCUGGAGAGGUACUCGGACUCGUUGGACUAUAUACACAAAAUGCAUAGCGAUUUCACAUUUGCCGUCAAUAAUUAUGCGCCUGAUCCAAAUUCCAGAGUAAUGCUUCCUUACCGCAGUCCGUCUGUAUCGACUCCGGUCAUGCAGACCCUCUCUCCGGAGCAGUCUCCUCCCGCCGGCGACACCAGUCCCUCUGACACGAGCAGCGUCUCGAAACACGAUGCCGACCCGGUCAAGCCGACGGCGAUUCAUAUGCAAACAGUUUUCUCUUCUCAGACUGGAGAGGCGCAUCCUUCGCAACAACAUUCGGCUCAGGUGUGGGAAACUCACAAGGCCGAAAUCAGGCGCUUAUAUCUUGAUGAGAAUAGACCUCUAAAGGAAGUCAUGACGAUAAUGCGCCAGAAAGGCUUCAGAGCGACUGUAAGGAUGUAUAAGUCACGCUUUGAUAAGUGGGGGUUUAGUAAGAAUAACAGCAAAAAGGAUGUUGUCGCAAUGCUCCAGGUCCAGCGACAACGAAAUGCCGUCGGCAAGCGCACAACAUUUCAUCGCAACGGGAAGGAGGUUGCAAUCGAUGCCUACCUCAAGCGAAAAGGCAUUUCCCAAUACGAUCUUGUCGAACCUGGCUUGGCUGAGAAGCUCCCCGAAAACCUGCGAUGUCUUACGCCACCCCCGGAGAGCAUCCAAGCCCCAGGCAAUCUCUCGCUACAAGAACUUGUCUUGCAAUGCGCGAGGGACCUGGCUUGGAAUUGGUACUGUCCACCCGAUACUCCGCUAGUCGCGUGCGCGGCGCAUUAUCGUGGCGACGAACUACGUUGCGCCAUUACAGACAUCACCAAUGCGGACUGGCUAUUCUCCGUCGGACACUACGAGAGAGGGGGCGCAAUGUGCGAACAGGGCUUCAAGUCCCUGCACUUGAUGUUUAAAAAGCCAUCAAUAUAUGGGCUAUUGCACCUGUUAAUAACCGUACUCGACGCUUCAAAUAAAGGAAUUGUCAAGGAAGUUUGGAGGUAUCUCGCUGCAUAUUCAGCAACCAUCCGAACGGAGGGUCCCUUAUCACGGCUCUUCCAAGGAAUAUGGAAGUACAUGAGUACUCACGAUUACGAAGAGUACUGGGACUUCGUUUUCGAAUGCACCGAAAAAUUGUUAUUGAUCGAGGAAACGCACUCAGGCCUCCCAUCAGAUACAUUAGCAAGGUUGUACCCCAUUUUGUUUAUCCCGCGAGCUUAUCAGUACCGAUCGCAACCUUAUCGUCGUCUUCAAAGCCGUUGCGAUUUCAAAAAACUAGUCCAGGGACCCAUGCCGACUGCUAUAGAAGAACUUACCGUUUUUCAAGCAACCGAACUUUUGAUUCUAGGAAAUCAGACGCUAUGGCAAGGCGAGCGCGUUUUCAAGCUUGCCAAUACUGUCCUUGAGAAUACGAAGGGCAUCGCAUACAACACUGAAUUCUUCGUCUAUAUCGCAAUUACUUCGCUGGCACAUUACCACAGAAAUCAAUAUUUCUUAGCCGAGGAUCCGAUUGCCAAGGCGUCAAAUCACCAGCUAUCAGUACAUUAUCUGGAACAAAUAGUGUCGGUAAUGGAAGGUAAAUGGGAUCCUGAUAUGGGAUAUCUGCUUGGUGAAUUAGAGCGGCUAGAGCAUUGGUACAGGGAAGCUGGCGAUAUUGUCCAAGCGGAUGCCGCACAUACCAGAUGGAGAAAUGCCCUCGACGCGAUACCGAAAGAAUUUGAGAGGGGAAAGAAGGGUAUAUUGCAUUAGCAUCUGAAGCUCUUUGCUUCAUUGUAUUACUACUAGGUUGUGCCACGUGAGGCCUGCCGCAGGAAGAAAAACAAGAUGAGUGGCGUAUAUACUUUGAUAUACCCAUAAUGAUGAGGCACCGCAUUUUUUUCAUAUUAGGAGAAGACGAAUCCC